UUGAACACACUGUUCUUCCAUUAUCAUCUUCUUCAGGGUUUUGGGGUUUUAGCCCUCUGUCUCUGUCCAUCAGCAGACAUGGAAUCUCUUGCUAAGCUCCAAUUCCGCCAUCAACCCUUCCCCCUCUCCGUCAAUCCUCUCCGUCCUUCAUCUCGCAAACCGAUUUCUUCCCUUUCCUUUAAGACCCCUCCCUCUUCAGUCGUAUCCUUCAAGCUGCUUGUCCCUAGAGCUUCAUCCGAGCCAUUCAAUCAAAACAUCGAAACUAUGAAAACCCUCUCAUCUUCCUUUUUCAAAACCACCUGCAUCACUGUAGCCGCGGCAGCGUUGUUCUUCAUGCGCCUUCACGCUAGACCUGCUAUUGCAGCACCAAUUACGACAACAACAACAUCCACAGUGGAGCCUACUAGUGAAUCGACUGAAAAUCUUACACUGGAAGAGCAGGAGAGAAACAUUGAGCAGCAUUUGGCUCGUUUCCCUGACGAUAUCGAAGCAUUACGGUCCCUCAUGGAGGUGAGGAUCAAAUCGCGAAAGCUCCGAGAAGCGAUACAGGUUAUCGACCGGUUGAUCGAGCUGGAACCAGAGGAACAGGAAUGGCCGUUACUAAAAGCCCAAAUUCAUAGCUAUAGUGGGGAUUUCGGCACGGCAAAAAAUGAGUUCGAGGAUAUUUUGGCGAAGGACCCACUUAGAGUGGAGGCUUAUCACGGGCUAGUAAUGGCCUACUCGGAGUCGGGUCUUAAGUUGAAGGAUUUAGAGAAGAGGAUUGAGGUAGCAAUGGAUAAGUGUAAGAAGGAGAAGAAGAAGAAGGAUUUCAGGGAUUUCAAGCUACUGGUCGCGCAAAUUCGGGUCAUUGAGGGUAACCAUUCUGAGGCUUUGAAGGUUUAUCAGGAGCUGGAAAAGGAAGAGCCUAGGGAUUUUAGGCCAUACCUGUGUCAGGGUAUUAUAUAUUCAUUGUUGAAGAAGAAAGAUGAGGCUGAGAAGCAAUUUGAGAAGUUCCGGAGGCUUGUUCCGAGGAAUCACCCUUACAGGGAGUAUUUUGUUGACAACAUGAUUGCCACAAAGCUUUUUGCGGAGAAGGCGGAAAGGGAGACAGCAGGGUCCAAGAGUUGAGAGAAAUAGUCUUUCUGAUUGUUCAUUUGAGGUGAAUAGUCGUUGUUUUUCUAUUAGAUCCUUCUCUCAUUUCUUGGAAAGUUUCUUGGUUUCUGUUUCUGCUUUGGCUAAUGUUUUUGGGUAGUAGGGGAAUUAAAAUCUGCAGGUGCUUCCCGUGAUAUCAUGCAUAAAAGGGAGGCUAAAUGUUUAAUCUUUAGCUGAAUGGUUAUCUUUGUCUAAGUUCUAAGGGAAAAUAGCGGGGAGAAUAGUACCAGUUAGUUUUAUAGAUUCAUGGCUGAAAAGCGACCUCUGUUUCUCAGUGGCAUUACAGAAGUUAUGCUCACAAUGAUUAAUAUCUAAUUGGAGGUAGUUCAAAGGCCGCAUAGGGGUUGAAGCAUUAUUCUAUUUGUACUUAAACAGAUUUGUGUGCAUGCUUCAUGUUGUUGCACAUGGGUUGGGGGUUCUUCAAGUUGAUUUUGAAAAUAGCUUCAGUCUUUGCCUGAAAGGUGAAAUGCAUUUUGAGUUUUUUAAUUGUUUUGUUAGGUCAGUUUAGCUUUGGCUGGCAGCUUGUAUUGCUGGAUAUUAUGUUCAAAUGGAAACCAAGCUACUUUUACUGCUUAAACCCUUGAGUGAGAUAUAUCAAACA